AGUUUGUAUCUUUGUUUUUAGUACUUUCAAUUCAACCAUAAUAACGCAACAAAAGCAAAUAUUAGGAACUUGAACAAUAUGUUAACCCAAAAUGUCACCCAUUCUACAUCAAAUGAUACUUCUAAUUUACCCUUAAUUGUAUCAGUGACCAACUCAUGGGAUCAUUUCCUUAAACCAAUCUAUUCAACAGUUAACUUUAACAAUUUGAUAACUUCACUGGUUGUUACUUUGACCGGUUAUUUAUUGAUCAAAUUGAUUCCCUUCAUUCGCAUGUUAAUCGCUUUGAAAAAGCUGCCUCAAAAACCUGGUAAUUGGUUAAUGGGACAUUUAGGUGAUUUACUUCCACCUCCAUUCAUCUCAAAUAAUCAAUUUGGACAAGGUCUGAAAAAUUGUGUCGAUAAAAUGGAAAAGUUUCUUCAUGAAAAUGGUUUGAUGGUCUUUUGGGUUUCCUGGUAUCCUAUUGUUGUAAUUACAAGCCCCAGUAUUUUAUUCCAACUGACGCCGGCCACAAUAGAGAAGGGACCUGGUCCUGAUGUAGCCAGAAGUUUUUUCGGUGAUGGUUUGGUCACUCAAAAUUCAACCAAAUGGAAAGGUCGGCGUAAGCUAUUAGCUCCAGGAUAUCAACAAGCUGCAUUGGCUAACUAUCUUCCAAUUGUAUCUGAAAUCGCCCGUAAUCGAGUUAAUACAUUAGGAAACACGCACAUAAUUGAUGAGCCAGUAGACACAAGAAAGUUCACUCAAGAAACGGGAAUGGAUAUGACAUGUGAAAUCGCAUUAGGAGUUAAAGGUGGCAAAGAAGGUUCACCUGGUUGGCAAUAUCGAAAAGCUAUUGACGUUGCUCUUGAAAUGCUGCUCAUCAAGUCAAUCAAUCCAUUUUACUGGUUCGAUUUUAUAUUUCGUUUUACCAUCGACGGUAGAAGGUCAAAACAAGCAGCUGAAUACAUUCGAUCGUUUCCUACUUCAUUGAUAAAUGUCAAGAAAACAACUCAUGUACCAGGAAGCAUCAACCCAAAAGCCUAUAACCCAGCAGUUCGAUUCAGUUUACUUGAUUGUCUGAUUGAUUUACAUUUACAAAGCCAAUGUGAUAAUAAAAAAUUUGGGUUCACAACUCUAGAUGUUCUCGAAGAAGUAAAUAACGCUCUGUUUGCAGGUAAUGAGACUACUGGUGGCACCAUGGCAUGGACUAUGUUUCAUCUUGCCGCUAAUCCUGAUAUUCAGGAUAAAGUUUAUCAAGAAUUAGUUGAGAAUCGUUUCACUGCUAAAGAGUUUAUUGAUUAUAAUGAAGAAAAUUUAAAGUCUCUUAAAUAUUUAGAUUGUUGCGUUAAAGAAAGUCUUCGACUUUGUCCACCGAUUCAUACAAUUACUAGAAGAUUGGAUCAAGAUCUGAUCACAGACGAUGGUCAAGUUAUUCCGAAAGGAAGUGUUCUCGCCUUGUGUAUCUAUUACAUUCAUCGAGAUCCAAAAUAUUGGCCAGAACCAACCAAAUAUAAUCCUGAAAGAUUUUUAACUGAAAAUAGUUUUGACAGACCAUCGCUGGCUUACAUUCCGUUUGGCUUUGGACAAAGACAGUGUUUAGGACAGAAACUAGCGAUGAGAGAGAUUAAAGUUGUUAUUGCAGAAGUAAUUAGAAGAUUUAGACUCGAAAACUGUCAAUCGUUCGAUGAAAUUGAAACAGCUUUUCUUGGUACAUAUCGGUCAAUUGAAAGUCUUAAAAUCAAAUUCUUUCCAAGAAAUGUGAAUCAAAAAGAAAGCUUAAAGAUGAAGAUAGAAUCUAAUCAUACAUGACUGACUCAUGAAUAUUUAUCUAAACUAAAGUUAUAUACUGUUCAAAGUCUCUAUGUCAUCAAGCUCAUCCUAAUCAUCAUUGUCAAAACUCGAAGAUUGCGAAGAGAAAAAGGUGCUCAAUUUCAUUGAAAAAAUCUAUCAAUUAGAGAAAAAUCAAGAUUUAAAAUUAGAGAAGCUUCUCAUAUCUUUCAACCCUUCGAAAGAAUCGAGUACUGAUAACUGUUCUUAGUGUGAUUUAUAGCAUUUUGAAAAGUCGUUUUCAUCGAAAUGCCAAAAAUUAAAUGGUCAUGAUAAUAAAUGGAAAAGAAAUAUUAUUUGUUAAUUCUGCAAAGUAAAAAUCGUAAGGAGUAACCAAUGGCUCUAUGGAAAACUCAACUCACUUUCGUCAGAAAAAUUCAAUUCAAGAUAAAUGUAGUCCAUUCUUGGCUCAUAUUUUUUUAAAUAAAAAAUUUUUCUUAAA